AUGGGAAAUAGCACUGAAGUGACCGAGUUCAUUCUCUUGGGACUGACAGAUGACCCCAAACUCCACCUCCCUCUCUUCCUAGUAUUUUUGUUCAUCUAUCUUUUCACCCUUGUAGGGAACUUGGGAAUGAUGGUGCUUAUCCAGUCUGACUCCCGCCUCCACACACCAAUGUACUUUUUCCUCAGCAAUCUUUCCUUUGUUGAUCUGGGUUACUCCUCCGCUGUAGCUCCCAAGGUGGCCGCUGCCCUCUACUCAGGGAAUAAGGUCAUCUCCUACUCCGAGUGUGCUGCCCAGUUCUUCUUCUUUGUUGGGUUUGCCACAGUGGAAUGCUACCUCCUGGCUUCCAUGGCCUACGACCGCCAUGCUGCUGUGUGUAAGCCCCUCCAUUACACCACCACCAUGACGGCGAGUGUGUGCCUUUGUCUGGUCGCCGGAUCCUACUUUUGUGGCUUUCUGAAUGCUUCGAUCCAUGCCGGAGAUACCUUCAGCCUUUCUUUCUGUCGUUCUAAUGUAGUCCAUCACUUUUUCUGUGAUAUUCCCCCACUUUUAGCUCUCUCCUGCUCUGACACCCACAUCAGCGAGUUGGUUGUGUUCUUUGUGGUUGGUUUCAAUGUCUUCUUUACUCUCCUGGUCAUCUUGAUCUCCUACCUGUUCAUCUUCAUCGCCAUCCUAAGGAUGAAGUCCGCUGAAGGCCGCCAGAAGGCCAUCUCCACCUGUGCUUCCCACCUUACUGCCGUCUCCAUCUUCUAUGGGACAAUCAUCUUCAUGUACUUACAACCUGGCUCCAGCCACUCCAUGGACAGUGACAAGAUAGCAUCUGUGUUUUACACAGUGGUCAUCCCCAUGUUGAACCCUGUGAUCUACAGCCUGAGGAACAAGGAAGUCAAAAAUGCCUUUAGCAAAAUGAUCAAACAGGUGAGGUUUUCUAGGAAUAGCUAA